AUGGCAGACAAAUAUCUGAAUUUGAGAUUUCAUAUUGGUGAUAUUCUUGUGAGUGAGGCAAGGUCACUUUAUGUUGGGGGGAACAUUGAAUAUGCCUUUAAUGUGGAUACGAACAAACUGUCUAUUCCAGAAAUUGUUGAUUAUGCCAAGGAUUUUGGGUUUGCCAAUGUAGGAAAAAUGUAUAUUGUAUCUUCUAAGGGUGGCAGUUUGGUAGAAUUGAGAAAAGAUAGGGAUUUGUUGGUACUUGCUGAGUUGUUAAGUAAUAAGGAUACAAUAGAUAUUUACUCAGAUGUUGUAGAAAAACUUCGUAGAAACUCCUUUGUAGAUGAAGAUGAUUCUGACAUAGAAGAUGAAGACUUAGAGGAAGAUGACAUAGGUAAUGUUGCAGAUAGUGAUAAAUCUUGCAGUUCUUAUGAUGAAGAGCAUGAGGCUGAUUAUGUUGGGAUAGAUCCAGGUUUUGAAGACAUAGAUAAAGGGAAGAAAAAUAUUUCUGGUAAGUUAGUUGGUGAUGAACCUUUUUAUGACAGUUCAGAUGCUGAUAGUUUUAAGAGUGACAGUACAAUGAGAGUGUUUAGGGAAUAUAUCACCAGAUAUGCAAUAGAAAGAGGUUGUGAGCUCGAGAAGAUUACAAAUGAUAAAAACAGAGUUAGGAUACAAUGCAAAACUAGCGGAUGCCCUUGGUUGUUGUUUGCAAGCAGAGAGCCCAAGUCUGUUGAUUUCAUUAUCAGAACUUAUAAUCCUAGGCAUAACUGCAACAAGACCAACACAAAUUCAAUGUGCAAUACCAAGUAUCUUGCAAAGUACUAUAGAAGUAGGAUAAUUCCACAGCCGUGCAUAAAGGGUUGGGAGAUGCAAGAUUUGGCAAGGGAGGAUUUAGGUUUAUAUGUUGGGAAAAAAAUUUAUUUGAAGGCUAGGAAACAAGUAUUGAAAGAAGUGAUGGGUGAUAAUGUGAAGGAGUUUGGCAGGAUUUAUAAUUAUAGAUAUGUGCUUCUUCAAUCAAAUCCAGGGAGUACAUGUGUGGUAAAAGUGACAGAUUCUGAAGAUGAGAAAAAAUUAUUUCACUCCUUCUACAUUUGCUUUGCAGCAAUGAAAAGGGAAUUUAUUGAAGGGUGCAGAAAAUGUAUUGGGUUAGAUGGUUGUUUCUUGAAAGGAAUAUCUAAGGGAGAGCUACUUGUUGCUAUUGCAAAGGAUGGGAACAAUCAAAUGUUUCCAAUAGCAUGGGCUGUAGUUGGGACUGAAAGUAAAGACAUAUGGUGUUGGUUUAUAAGGAAAUUGAAGUCUGAUUUGGAGAGCAAAGACACAUGGUCUGUUAAUUUGCAUUCUGUGCUGUUACUAUUUUUUUUUACUGUUUCUGCUUAA